AAGCAGGGAAAGUUUGUGAGAGCGAGGGGGCGAGAGGAGAGGAGAGGGGUCGACCAGAUGGGAGGAAGGAAGGAAAGGAUCUCUCCGCCGGCUCAAGUGCGCGAUUAAAGGAUUCGGCGUAAAUAAACAAAUAUAUGAAUCAAAGCUCAUAAUAAAAAAAAAAAAAAAAAAAAAAAGGGGAGUUAGAGGCGCGCCACCGCGUUGCGUGGACGCGGACAAGACAGCGGCGGUGCGCGCUGCAGCAGUCUAGUCCUGUCUUUCUCUCUCUGGAUUUUUUUUACUCCUCAUGUUCUUCAAACUCUCGGUGACGUUUACUAACUUUUAAGGUCAGUGUCAGAAAAAAAAGUUUCCCUCCCCUCUCCUACUUGUUAUUCACUCUCUUCCUCGGAAAAUAAUAAUAAUAAGAAGAAGAAGAAGAAGGAGAAGAAGAAGAAGCUCCGGGGUGGAAGUGGAGGAAGGAAGAGCGCGUUUUUUUUUUUUUUUUUUUGUUGUUCCUUCCGAGGAGUCCGGCUCGCCGUAGCCGGGGUUUAGGCGUUGGCACCCGGGCAGGGAGUCCCUCGCCAUGGCUGGGGCCAAGCCGGGAGUCCACGCUCUGCAGCUCAAACCCGUGUCCGUCCACGAAGCGCUGAAGAAGGGGGGCAAGUUCAUCAAAUGGGACGAGGAGCCUAACAGCGGGCCCCCCACCCUGGUAACCCUGAAAGUUGACCCAGAUGGAUUCUUUCUCUACUGGACUGGAGGGUCCAACCUGGAGGUGGAGAUUCUGGACAUCAACACCAUCAGGGACACCAGGACAGGGAAAUACGCCAAACAACCAAAGGACCCGAAGCUGCGGGACGUGCUGGGCUUCGGUGAGGGUGAGAACGUUGAAGGGAAGCUGGUAACCAUCGUCCAUGGCAACGACCUGGUCAACAUCUCCUUCCUCAACUUCCAGGCUAUGCAAAAAGAUGCAGCCAAGAUAUGGACAGAUGAGCUGUUCACUCUGGCCACAAACAUACUUUCCCAGAAUGCAUCACGGCACACCUUCCUCCUCAAAGCGUACACUAAAUUAAAGCUGCAGGUGAAUCAGGAUGGGAAAAUUCCUGUCAAGAAUAUUCUCAAGAUGUUUUCAGAUAAAAAGAGAGUGGAGACAACUCUGGAGCAGUGUGGCCUCGUCAAUAACCGGUCUGAGGGAAUAAAGCCAGAUGAUUUCACGUGGGAUGCCUUCCAGAAGUUUCUCGACAGCCUCUGUCUCCGGCCCGAGAUACAAAGCAUCUUUGAGGAAAGUGGCUCCAAGAGGAAGCCAUUCAUCUCUUUGGACCAGUUGAUGGACUUCAUGAACCGCCGGCAGCGAGACUCCAGACUGAACGAGGUGCUGUACCCCCCGCUGAAGAGGGAACAGGUCCGACAGACCAUGGAGAAAUAUGAGACCAACGCCAGCCAGCUGGAGAGAGACCAGAUCAGUUUGCAGGCUUUCAGUCGGUAUCUGGAAGGAGAGGAAAACAGCAUCGUGCCUCCAGAGAGACUGGAUAUCAUCGACGACAUGAACCAACCACUGUCUCACUACUUUAUCAAUUCCUCACACAACACAUACCUCACAGUGGGUCAGCUGACCGGUCUGUCGUCAGUGGAAAUAUACAGGCAGGUGCUGCUGACCGGCUGUCGCUGUGUAGAGCUGGACUGCUGGAAGGGCCGGCCUCAAGACGAGGAGCCCUACAUCACCCACGGGUUCACCAUGACCACUGAGAUCCCCUUUAAGGAGGUGAUUGAAGCGAUAGCGGAAAGUGCUUUCAAGACCUCGCCGUACCCCCUCAUCCUGUCCUUUGAAAACCACGUAGAUUCGGCCAAGCAGCAGGCCAAAAUGGCAGAAUACUGCAGGACCAUCUUUGGAGACGCCCUGCUCAUUGAACCACUAGAGAAAUAUCCGCUGGUCCCCGGUCAGGCCCUCCCUUCUCCGCAGGAGUUGCUGGGUAAGAUUCUAAUCAAAAACAAGAAGAAGCACCAACACCACCGACCCUCGAGUAGUGGCAGCAUAAGACGCAGAGAGCUGGAGGAGCAUUCGUCACCCAACAACGGUUGCCCUCAGAACGACAGCGAGGGAAACCAGCUCCUUUCAAAUGGGGAGGAAAAGCUGGCUGAGCGGCUGGUCAAAGACUCUGAGCCUCGCAAAUCCAUUGGAGGUGAGGGAGAAAGCGAGGAGGACGAGGAGGACGAACCGACAACUGAGCUGAAGAAGCCAAACUCUGACGAGGGUACCGCCAGCAGUGAGGUGAACGCCACAGAGGAGAUGUCGACUCUCGUCAACUACAUCGAGCCUGUCAAAUUCAAGAGCUUCGAGGUGGCAAACAAGAGGAGGAAGUUCUUUGAAAUGUCUUCGCUGGUGGAAACAAAAGGCAUGGACACCCUGAAGAGCUCCCCCAUCGAGUUUGUCGAGUACAAUAAGAAUCAGCUGAGCCGAAUCUACCCUAAAGGAACAAGGGUGGACAGCUCCAACUACAUGCCUCAGCUCUUCUGGAAUGUCGGCUGCCAGAUGGUGGCGCUAAACUUCCAGACCCUCGACCUCCCUAUGCAGCUGAACAUGGGUGUGUUUGAGUACAACGGCCACAGCGGCUACCUGCUGAAACCUGAGUUCAUGAGGAGGACGGACAAGCACUUUGACCCUUUUACAGAAAACAUAGUGGAUGGUAUAGUCGCCAAUACUGUCAAAAUAAGGAUUAUCUCCGGCCAGUUUCUGAUCGAUAAAAAGGUGGGCGUGUACGUGGAAGUGGACAUAUUUGGACUUCCUGCUGAUACGAAGAGGAAGUACAGAACCAAAACAUCCAAUGGGAACUCGCUGGACCCCGUGUGGGACGAUGAAAUGUUUGUGUUUAAUAAGGUGGUCCUGCCCACGCUGGCCUCUCUGAGGAUAGCGGUGUUUGAAGAAAACGGCAAGUUUAUUGGACACCGGAUCCUCCCUGUGUCGGCCAUUAGACCCGGCUACCACUACAUCAACCUAAAGAAUGAGCUGAACCAGCCCCUCCUCCUGCCCUCUCUGCUGGUUUACACUGAAGCUCAGGACUACAUCCCUAAUGAACACCAGGAGUAUGCAGAGGCUCUGACCAACCCCAUUAAGCACAUCAGUCAGUUGCAUAAGAGAGAGACACAGCUGGCUGCUCUCAUAGAGGACAACAGUGAGCAUGUCCCCAACCAGCCCAAAGAGGGAGAGACCAAGAGGGAGAGUGACAUCAUUCCAGGAGGUCGACUCCCCUCCCCCUCCCACACUCUCCCCCCUUGCACCUGGGAAGAAACCCCUGACAUCAUCAAAUUACCUGCACCGGCUCAAAGUCCAAAAGAAGACCUCAUUGCCACUGUUCUGGCAGACGUCCAGGCCCAGUCCAUUGAGGAGUUGAAGCAGCAAAAGGGCUAUCAGAAGCUGCUAAAGAAACAGAGCAAAGAAGUCAAAGAGAUGCGUAAGAAACACCUCAAGAAGGUGUGGAAUAUGAGUAAGGAGCAGAAGAGUCGGAGUUGCCAGCUUAAAUCUGACACAGAGAGGAGACGCAGUCAGAUUGAGAAGAACCUCAAACGUAGCAUCAAGAGAAACGAGCCCCAUGAGCCGGUGCAGCGUGAGCUGACAGCGUUGGAUCAGGAGCUUGAGAAGCAGACGGUCCAGCUGAGGGAAUGGCAGAUGCAAGAACUGCUGAAUCUCCGACAAGAGCUUUUCAAACUGGAGAGAGAGAAGCAACAAACACAGCUGCAGGAGGCCCAGCAGAAGUUAAAGGAGACUACCAAUGAAUGCCAAGCAGCUCAGCUGAAGAAGCUCAAGGAGACGUGCGAAAAGGAGAAGAAAGAGCUCCAAAAGAUACUGGACAGGAAGCGACAAAACAGCAUCUGCGAAGCCAAGAUCCGUGACAAAGACAAGGCUGAAACGGAACUGAAUGAGAUCAACAGAAAACAUAUUCAAGAUUCCGUCUCCUUAAUCCGCGGGCUGGAGGAGGCUCAGACCAGGAGACAAGACAAGCUGAUGUUGAGGCAUCGGGAGGUGCUGCAACAAGUAGAUGAUGAACUUCCACUGCUCCAGUCUAAGUUGGAAAAAGGACUAGAUCAGGAGUAUCAGCGACUACCGGAGGAAAUCUGCCAGCACCUUCAGUUGGAGCUCAAGAACAAAGGUCUCCGAAAAGACGCCCUGUUCUCCCCUUGGUCCAACCACAGCAGCCCGAGCCCCAGCUCCGGCUCGGGCCCGCCCUCCAACUGCUCCACGCCCUCUUACCCGUCAACGCCCAAUCGGAGCACCUGUAACAGGAGCAUGGACAAUAGCACUGCGUCGUUGGCCGAUUCCACUUCCUCGUCCACCACUCCCGUCCUGUCAGAGGCGGAGAUGUCAUUCAGUUAAAAUACUAACUUUUAAAAAGUAAAAUACAAUACAUUCAAGUGGGGUCUAUAAUGAUUAUAAUGCGGGAUAGUAAUGAUAUUAAAUAUUUACUAAUUUUAUUCCUUUUUUUAAAUUACAGACUGUUUUGUUCUUGUCUACAGAGCUAUAUAAUUUUUUAUUUUGCUGUUUUUGUCAGAUGCACAUCAUGACUUUUGUUGGAAGAUUUCCUAAGAAUCAUUACCAAACUUUGAAUUUUUUACAUUUUCUUGUCUGUCUGUCUUGCUUUUAAUGUCAUAUACUUUGAUACUUUUUUCUUAGCAUCAUUUCCAGUUAUCGUCUGGUCAGUAAGCUUUGCUGUGGUUUCGCCACAAAACAAGCUUUAUGUUCACACUGUUUCAGCUAUAGCGUUCAGUUUGUAACAGUUUUAACCUCUUAAUUGACACCUUUUUUUGAAAGCUUUAAACCGUAGAGCUGUUAAGGAAAACAUUGUAACAUACAUACAGUUGGCCCAAGCGAUAACUUGGGCCAACUGAUUAUGUUGGCCCGAUAAUGAUCUUUUGUUUGUAGCAACAUUAGAUCAGUGUGAUUGCUUCAUAAAGCCUCAUGUCCAACAAAUACAUGAAGAACUUUUUAAAAUGCAACCAAUAGAUAUAUGUCUGAGUGCUACGAUUACAUGUCAAAAGACACAUCUUUUCCUUUUUUUGCAAGUAGAAAUCUUAUUGGUUAGAGCUGUAUUUUCCAGAAUUGAGUAUCAAAAGAGAACAUGAGAUACAUUUUUUUAGCUGUAAUGGUAGAAGUGACCAGUAAGCGGUGCUGCAGCCUUAGCUGUUUAUUUCAAACUGGUGGUUGAGCCUCCUAUUCAUAUAGCCUGAUUAUCCUAUCAUACUAUACACACUCACUCACACACCUGUCUCAGCAGGAUUUGCAGCGUCAUUGGUCUGUAUAAAUUAUCUGGCCUUUAACCCAAAAUCAAAGUCCAGCCAAGGUUGCAUGGGGGGGGGGAGUCAGCCAUCUGGCUAGGAACAAGUAUGUGUGUGCCUGUUUGUGUGUGUGUGAUGGUAAAGAAGGGAGGGUUUUAGUGAUGUAACACCCUCUUUCGCACACACACAUGCCUGACACUGUAUUUUACUGAGGCAUCUAUGAAAGUUUUAUACACACAUAAUAUUGCAUACACACACGCACACUAAAAGACUUUAAAAUCCUCAUCCCAUCAAAUCUACCCCGUUUAAAAAAACAAGACACACAAAUACACACAUAACAUUUUACAAAUAUCCGAUUACUAAACUCGACAAGGGUAUUUGUGUGUGUGCAUGGAGAAGUAAAUCUCUUGAUGAGACAUCUGCUUAUCCUACUAAAUGGAAAGAGUCUGCUGUGUGUGUGUGUGUGUGUGUGUGUGUGUGUGUGUGUGUGUGUGUGUGUGUGUGUGUGUGUGUGUGUGUGUGUGUGUGUGUGUGUGUGUGUGUGUGUGUGUGUGUGUGUGUGUGUGUGUGUCCAUGUUUGUUGGUGCAAUUACUUUGCAACUUUUGCAGCCUAGAGAAGGACACUAUGUUUAAAUAGCAACACCACUGUAGGAGUCUUCAUAUGAUGACUUAAGGCCGCACUAUGACAUUUUAAUUUAAAAAUGCAAUCGUAUUUGGAGUCUGAAUCCCCAUAUGAGGCAAACACAUGAGGGUAUUCCUUUGCAUUCUAGUUGCUACACUGUAGAUAUGCUAAAUUGAAUGAAUUAUUUUUGUUUUAGUGUAUAGAUAAUGUGGAAAGAAGUCCUGUCACAACUCAGUUGACGGCAUGAUGCUUAAUUUCAGUAAAGCCUCAAAAUUCAUAGUGUUAUUUCUUAUUGCCGAUAGGGGCUAGCAUGUGUUGCUAUGAAAACCAGUAGUUCUCUUGUUUCCACAGUGGUCAGUGGACAUAGGAACAGCUUUAUUUUAAGGUGAAUAUUCCACACAGCUCCCUCAGUUUGUUAGAUACUCAAUUCAAGCCAAAUAUUGAAUGUGGGAUUCUAGUGCACAAACGGUACUUUAUGUAUUCUAUGUUUUUGUCCCUUUCAAAGCUUUGUCAUUUUUUGUUUUCGUCCAUUACUGGAGACUUUAUUUUUUUUCUAAUUUUAAACAACACAAUGUUUUUUUCUUUCUUGUGUUUUCCACUUUGAGGGGUAAAAUGUUGGCACUCUGUGUAUAUGAAUUCUGUGUACAUGUUUAGAUUUUUGUGAAUUUUACUACUGACUACAAGUGCUGCAGAUGGAUGGAGGUCAGGAGAGGUCAAUGAAGGUUGAGGGAUAAAAAAUAAUUUUAAUAAUUUCUGCUUUUUCUCAAAGAAAAGAUUGUUUUUAGAUGACAUUUCUGCCUUGUCCUCUUCCACCUCCCUCCUUCAAUGAGCACUGGCUGCCUGUCUGUCUGAUUAUUCCCCCCUCACACAAAUGUCAUUGUAAACUAUCAUCUAUUUAAAUGGAAUUUUAACAACUUUUUAUUUUGUGGUUAUUUAAGUUUUUAUAGAUGGAAGAAAUAACCCAUUCAUUUUUUUGCAGAGUGUAAAUGUUUAAUGUAUCAAGCCCCCAUUUCAGAAUGUACAUCUUUUCAAAGCAUUUUGAAAUCAACAUUUCGCUUUUUCAGGUUGGACACCAUAAAGAAAGCAACUAGUUUAUCUUGUCGGUCAUAAUUAGGACUGCAACAACAACAUACACCUUCUAGGGUCAGCACUUUCUUGAAAUGGGUACGCUGACCUUUAAAUCGCUGAGAAUUUAAGAGUGGAAGAUUGCCAACCUUUUCCUUCACUCAGCGUACAACACUGCAUACAGUAUGUAAAUGUUUUUGCUCAGCUAUCUCGUUUUGGACACCAGAGUAAACAGUGUGAUAAUUUACUAAAUGCAGUGGAGACUGUGGUUAAAAAGGGACCCAUCUUCAAAAAUCUAAUGGUUUAUUUGCUUAGAAAUAUUGAUACAUUCCUUGCAUGCCGUCUGCUUUUAAGGUUGAGGUGGUCCAAGCCAUUCCAAUUCCAGUGGCAAAUAUUCAUUUAUAUAUAUAUAUAUUUGUACAGUAUUACCAGGUACACAGAAGAGUAGUUUUCAUUCUUAUAUUUGAUCCCAUUUACAACAACUCCAUUUCAACUGAGAUUCUUUUCCUAUUUAAAUGCACUUCUACCCUUUUUUGUUUUUGUUGCUUGUCAAAAAAAAACAAUAACUUUGGUUCCUGUGACAUGGGCAUCAAUCCAACCAUUUUUUAGUGAUUUUUACUUUUUGUGCUACAGUCGUUUAUUUUCUAUGAGGUUUAGUGGCCGCAAAAGAGUUGUCAAGUACAUUUUCAAAGCUACACUGGUUUCUGUGUCUGUUUUUGAGCUGUUUUUUAUCUGGGACCAUACCAACAGAUGCAAAUAUGUGAGGAAAAGUGUGAAAGAAGCCAAAUUUGAGAAAAAUAGGUCUUCAAUAUAUAAUUCUUAAAGAAAAUAUGAUUGCAAGAAAAAUACAACAGAAGUAGUUCAAUUAUCUUAAGGAUUUUGAUCUGUAGACUCUAACUCUACUAUAAAAAUACAUGUGAAUGAGAUGCUUUAAUACUGUAUUGUUAGUUAGACAACUGUCAUGACUGGUAAAAAUACCCAAAACACCUUGAAAUUAAGUUAAAUGCCAUAUUUUAUUUUACAGCUGUUGAUAUCAGACUUAAAGCUGCACUAAUUCAUAUUUUUAUUUUCACAUUGGAUCAAAUGAUUAUGU